CGAAGAUUGGGGUACAGGCCAUGUCUGUGCCCUUGAGUAAUCAUGCGCAGCAGCUGGGCGAGAAAGCCUACGUGGGAAACCGAAUUCAUAACUUCAAUCAGAUAUCGUCCAGCACCCAAGUCUAGCAACAACUCACAACUUCCUUCGCGCAUCAUCACAAUGUCCACCUAUCAAACAGUCCAGACUCAAUAUGUCGCUGUUGACAACACCCGGGUCGCUUACCGUCGACUUGGGGUAAAGAAUAAGAUUCCCUUGCUUUACGUCAAUCACCUUCGCGGCUCAAUGGACACCCUCGACCCCCUUCUCUUCAAUACCAUUGCGACAACUAGAGAAGUUAUCGUGUACGACAGUUUCGGUAUCGGGCAUAGCGAGGGCGAAGUGCCCCCUUCCACUGAAGUCAUGGCUUCAAUUGCGGCCAAGUUUCUGUCUGCCCUUGGUGUUACCAAGGUUGAUGUGAUUGGGUUUUCCAUGGGAGGCGGUGUGGCUCAAAUUUUGGCAUGGAAUCACCCUCAGCUAGUCCACAAGUUGAUUCUGGCUGGGACCCAACCAGGUAUCGGAGAAGGAGUUGUCCUGCCACCCCGCGAGGUUCUUGAAAGUGCCGGUACAGCCAACGACGAGCCACCCACCAAGGAGGACAUGUUCCGUCUCUUCUACUACCCGUCGGAGACAAGCCUGGCACUUGGCGAAGCGUGGUGGAAGCGGAUCCACGAGCGAAAGGUUGACGGCGAGGAGCGUAGAGAGUAUCUGGCCGGACCCGGGGCAAGGGCCCAGCUCAAUGCAAUCUUCUCAUUCACAGUCGACACGGACAACUUUGAGCGCGUGAAGAGCAUCAAAGCUCCAACUUUAGUCACCAACGGCCACACUGACAUCAUGUCACCAACUUCCAACAGUUUUACUCUUCAACAAAACUUGUCGAAUGCUCAACUCAUCAUCUAUCCUGAUGCUGGCCACGGUCAUCUCUUCCAGUAUCCAGAACUCUAUACGCGUCACCUCAACCUCUUCCUUGACAGCACUAAGUAG